GGCCCGGGGCUGUGCGCUGGGCCCAGGGUCCGGGAGGGGUUCGCCCCCGCCGCCGGCCCAAGUGGUCGCGCCCCGGACGGCCGUUCGCGCCACGACCUGGGAGCCCCGAGCUCAGCGAGCCGAGGGACGUCCGUCUGGGGGGCGGGGGCCGCGCUGCGGAGCCGCCCACGCCGCGCUCCAGGAGCUGGAGCCAAGUGGGUUGGGUGUCAGGACAUGUUGAUCUCCUUUCAACACAGCCAGCGGGUGCCCCGUCAUGGAGGAUUGCAAUGUGCACUCAGCUGCCAGCAUCCUGGCCUCAGUGAAGGAACAGGAGGCCCGCUUCGAGCGGCUGACACGAGCACUGGAGGAAGAGCGGCGCCAUGUUGCCCUGCAGCUAGAGCGUGCCCAGCAGCCUGGUGUGGGAGGUGGCAGCAUGGGCAGUGGGCAGUCCCUGCCAAUGGCCUGGCAGCAGCUGGUCAUGCAGGAGCAGAGCCCAGGCAGCCAGGCCUCACUGGUCACGAUGCCAGAGGCACCUGAAGUUCUGGAAGAGACAGUAACAGUGGAGGAGGACCCUGGCACACCCACCUCCCACGUGUCCAUCGUUACCUCGGAGGAUGGGACCACUCGGCGCACUGAGACCAAGGUCACCAAGACAGUGAAGACAGUGACCACACGGACGGUGCGCCAAGUACCUGUGGGCCCAGAUGGCCUCCCGUUGUUAGACGGUGGACCUCCACUCGGAUCCUUCCCUGAUGGCCCCCUUGACCGGCACUUCCUGCUGCGUGGGGGUGGCCCUGCGGCAACGCUCUCCCGUGCCUACCUCAGCAGCGGGGGCAGCUUUACCGACGGGCCUGAGCCUCGGGACGCCCCCAGCUAUGGCAGCCUAUCCCGAGGACUGGGCAUGCGGCCCUUGCGUGGUGGCCCCCUUGGCCCAGACCCCGGUAAUGGUUGCUUCACACUGCCUGGCCGCCGAGAGGCCUUCCCAGUGGGCCCCGAGCCAGUGACUCCUGCAGGCCGCUCACAGCCUGAGCGCUUUCAGGCAGAGUCGUAUGGCCUGGAGGAUGACACUCGCAGCUUGGCUGCUGAUGACGAGGGGGGUCCGGAGCUGGAGUCUGACUAUGGCACAGCCACAAGGAAGAGGCCCGACUGUGGGCGGGUCCUUCGCACCAGGGCCUAUGAGGAUGUGGCAGAUGAUGGCGGUGAACUACUGGAAGACAGGCCCCUGUACCCGGCUGUGACGGCACCCCUGGCCCAGCCAGAACGGGGCAGCCUAGGCAGCCUAGACCGGGUGGUGCGGCGCUCACCCUCUGUCAACAGUGCCCGCAAGGAGCCGCGGUGGCGGGAUCCCGAGCUGCCUGAGGUCCUGGCCAUGCUGCGUCACCCCGUAGACCCUGUGAAGGCCAAUGCAGCUGCCUACCUGCAGCACCUGUGCUUUGAGAAUGAGGGCAUCAAGCGGCGUGUGCGGCAGUUGAGGGGACUGCCUCUGCUUGUGGCACUGCUGGACCACCCCCGGGCAGAGGUGCGGCGCCGGGCCUGCGGGGCUCUGCGGAACCUCUCCUAUGGCCGGGACACAGACAACAAGGCGGCCAUCCGGGACUGUGGUGGCGUGCCUGCCCUGGUGCGCCUGCUACGGGCUGCCCGGGACAAUGAGGUCCGAGAGCUGGUCACUGGCACGCUCUGGAACCUCUCGUCCUAUGAACCCCUGAAGAUGGUCAUCAUUGACCACGGCCUACAGACACUCACCCAUGAGGUCAUCGUGCCCCACUCGGGCUGGGAACGGGAACCCAACGAAGACUCCAAGCCUCGGGACGCGGAGUGGACAACUGUCUUCAAAAACACAUCAGGCUGCUUGAGGAACGUAAGCUCAGACGGCGCAGAGGCACGACGACGACUCCGGGAAUGCGAGGGGCUGGUGGAUGCUCUCCUGCACGCCUUGCAGUCAGCUGUGGGCAGGAAGGACACAGACAACAAGUCAGUGGAAAAUUGUGUGUGCAUCAUGCGGAACUUAUCCUACCAUGUGCAUAAGGAGGUGCCAGGGGCCGACAGGUACCAGGAGGCUGAGCCUGUACCCCCAGCUGGUGCUGUGGGCUCCCAGCGCCGGAGGCGGGAUGACGCUGGCUGCUUUGGUGGCAAGAAAGCCAAAGAGGAGUGGUUCCAUCAAGGGAAGAAGGAUAGUGAGAUGGACCGGAACUUUGACACUCUGGACCUGCCCAAGCGAACAGAAGCUGCCAAAGGCUUUGAGCUGCUAUACCAGCCUGAGGUGGUACGUCUCUACCUCUCCCUUCUCACUGAGAGCCGGAACUUUAACACCCUGGAGGCUGCAGCCGGGGCCCUUCAGAACCUCAGUGCAGGCAACUGGACGUGGGCCACGUACAUCCGGGCCACCGUGCGCAAGGAGCGGGGGCUACCAGUGCUGGUGGAGCUUCUGCAGUCCGAGACAGACAAGGUGGUGCGCGCCGUGGCCAUCGCCCUCCGCAACCUCUCGCUGGACAGACGCAACAAAGACCUCAUUGGGAGCUACGCCAUGGCAGAGUUGGUGCGGAACGUACGCAACGCCCAGGCUCCAGCUAGGCCCAGGGCCCGCCUCGAGGAAGACACGGUAGUGGCUGUGCUUAACACUAUCCACGAGAUCGUGUCUGACAGUCUGGACAAUGCGCGCUCACUCCUCCAGGCCCGCGGUGUUCCUGCGUUGGUGGCUCUCACUGCUGCCUGCCAGUCUGUGCGGGAGGCCAAGGCCGCAUCCCACGUGCUUCAGACCGUGUGGAGCUACAAGGAGUUGCGUGGAGCCCUACAGAGGGACGGCUGGACCAAGGCCCGCUUUCAGUCGACUGCUGCUAACACCAAGGGGCCCAAGGGAGCUCUGAGUCCUGGAAGUUUUGACGACAGCACCCUGCCUCUAGUGGACAAGAACCUGGAUGGAGAGAAGCUGGGCAGUCAGGAUGUGAUCCCCAUGGAGGCGCUGGGCCCAGAUGGAUACUCCACUGUUGACCGGAGGGAGCGGAAGUCUCGGGGCAGCGAGCUGGCAGGCGAGUCCUCUGAGAAGGAACCGCUGAAAUCCGACCCCAGCAGGAAGGUCCCUCCUCCCGGGCCCAGCAGGCCUGCGGUCAGGCUGGUGGACGCCGUGGGGGACACUAAGCCUCAGCCUGUUGACUCCUGGGUCUAACUUGCAUGCCUGGGCCUGGGCUCAGCCAGCUGUUCUUAGGGAUCUGUCCAAGGGAAGAAAACUCCAGGAACGCGCUCAGAUCCUGUCAUGGUGCUUGGAGCCCCCUGGUGGCAGGGGUGGGCAGUGCUUCUCAUGUUCCAGGCCUGACAUGCCUCCCUUCCUGUCCCCUCUAACCGCUAAGCUAGCGGUUUACUGACUUGGUGCUGUCAGCAAGUGGGAGGGAGAGGAAGAGGGAGGGAGGGAGGGAGAGAGAGAAAGAGAGAGAGAGAGAGAGAGAGAGAAAAGGUGGGAGGACUGUUCGGGCUGGGUCCCAGAGGGCCAGUAGAACAGGGCACCUGAUUUGGCUCUGGGACCCCAAACUAGGAGAAUGCAUCUAUAUAAUCAGUGCUGGGCAGGGAGGGGGGCUUCCCAGCACCUGAGCCCCAUCCUGCAUGGUCAAAAGACCAUGGGUGAGGGGCUACCCCAGGGCCCAGCCUGGGAAGAGGCUUUGGUGCAGCAAGAAGGUGGCCCACUGUGUGUGCCCAUGCCACCCUCGGCUCAUGGAGCCCCUGUGUAGAGGAGCUUCCUCUGGACAAUUCUGGCCCAGGGCUGCAUCCCCAGGACUGACCAUUGGUGGCAGCGGGGGGACUGCUUUUCGGUGCCUGCUGUUUGUGACUUAAAACCAGAAGAAAACACUGACAAAAAAAAAAAAUCAUUAAAGACAAAACCAAAAUAAGACUGUAUUGGUAAAUGCCUAAAUUUUUGUAAGAAAAUUAAAAAAAUUUAAAAA